CUAACCUAAGGGGUCUUCUUUCAAAAUGUCUCUUUCUGGAAAAGUUCUAAAAAAUGCCUUGCGUUUAUGUAAUCCACUGCUGAACAAGAGGGUUUCAGUGGUCAUAAAUAGCAGAAGCUACUAUGUAGGUACAUCAAGUAUAGAACCGUUUCAUCCGAUCCCAGGAAAAGAGCCAGUAUGGACGACAGCAGAGGAAGCAGUGAAGAAAAUCAAGUCUGGCAUGCGUGUGUAUGUGCAUGGGACAUCAUGUACACCUAAUGUCUUGGUGAGUGCUAUGGCGAAGCAUGGAUCUCAAGCUGGUUUACAGAAUGUAGAGUGUAUACACAUCCAUACAGAAGGACCAGCUGAAUACUGUAAACCAGAAUAUGAAGGAAUCUUCAGGGGCAAUUCACUGUUCAUUGGCAAAAACUGCAGAGAGGCUGUGAACCAGGGCAGGGGUGACUUCACUCCAAUAUUUCUUAGUGAGACACCACAUUUGUUUCGUAGACGCAUAUUACACCUGGAUGUAGCAAUGAUAUCUGUGAGCCCACCAGACAAGCAUGGUUUCUGUUCCCUUGGACCUAGCGUUGAUUGUACCAGGGCUGCUAUACAGAAUGCUAGGUGCAUAAUAGGUCAAGUGAAUAAAAAGAUUCCCAGGACAUUUGGCGAUGGUAUUGUUCAUCAGUCCCAUUUUGAUGUCAUGGUUGAGACAGAUGAAGAUCUACCAGUCUUGAAACCACAUCCUCAGUCAGAUGUUGAGAAGAAAAUUGGGAAGUUUAUAGCAGGGAAUCUUGUGGCAGAUGGCGCCACCUUACAGAUGGGUAUUGGCUCCAUCCCAGAUGCAGUCCUUGCAUGCUUAGGCAACCACCGUGACCUUGGAGUUCACUCUGAAAUGUUCAGUGAUGGAGUAGUGGAUCUGGUAUACAAGGGCUCGAUAACUAACGCUAAGAAAGUUAUUCAUACUGGAAAAAUAGUUGGUGGAUUUUCACUGGGAACUAAAAAGUUGUAUGAUUUCUUGGACAAUAAUCCUUUUGUAGUGAUGUGUGAUAUUGAAUUUGUGAACAACACUGCAAUAAUCUGCCAGAACCCCAAAGUUACAGCCAUCAACUCUUGUAUAGAAGUGGAUGUUACUGGCCAAGUUGUCUCGGAUUCUAUAGGAGCCCGCAUGUAUUCAGGGGUCGGUGGUCAGAUUGAUUUCAUCAGAGGAGCUGCCUUAGGUCUGGAUGGACUGGGGAUGCCAAUCUUAGCUUUGCCUUCACAGACAAAGCGUGGAGAAUCAAAAAUUGUGGGCUACCUCAAAGAAGGUGCUGGAGUAGUAACAACUAGAGCUCACGCACAUUAUAUCGUCACAGAAUAUGGAAUCGCGAACUUAUUUGGCAAAAGCCUACGCCAAAGAGCAUACCACCUGAUUAGGAUUGCUCACCCUGAUCAUAGGGAAGAAUUGGAGAAAACUGCGUUUGAAAGAUUAAAAUGUAUGCCAGCCCCGUAGAGUUACACUAACAUGCGAGUGAUACUGAUAUGAAUAUAGUUCAGCUUCGCACAAUGUAUUUAGAAUCCAGCAGCAGCUACAACUUUCAGUGUUAAAGAUACUCCAUGCUGCGCUUAGAACUGUGGAUCUGUAGAUUGCUAGACACGUACCCGAUACUUAGUUAGUGUACAAAUACAAUCUCCUUUUCUAAUGCCAUAUUGCAUCAAGUUCCCCUGUAUCUGUAGUGCCAUAUAAGACACUCCAAGCAAUCAUACAACUCUUCAAAUGUUCAAAUUAUCUUUAAUUGUUGUGCCAUAUAAGACACUUCAAGCAAUAUAAUUAUCCUUAUAUGUUGUGCCAUAUACAACACUUCAAGUGUUAAAAUUCUCUUGUAUCGGUAGUGCCAUAUAAGACACUUCAAGCAAUAUAAUUAUCCUUAUAUGUUCUGCCAUAUACAACACUUCAAGUGUUAAAAUUAUCCUUA